ACAGAGUCGCCUUUGAACCGCAAGUGAACUCGAGGGCUGCACUCGCGGCGGAGUUCCAGCUGCUGCCGGCGCCCCGCCGCCUGCCAGUGAGGUCUUGCUCCUCGCCCGCCCUCCCAGGGGAGCGCUCCCCCCCGGGCUCGUCCGUUAUCGAGCUAGGGAGCUAAGCCUAGCUGAUUGAUCUACCCUUUGGGUGCUAUUUCUUUCCUCUUCCUAUUUCCCUCCUCCCUUUUUGUUGUUGUUGUUGCGGUUUUGGAGCAUCGUUUUCAUGUGAUUUUUUUUUUUCCUUUUUCAUGGCCAGUACCUGCACCCUUAGCAGUUCGGAGUUGCCUUCUGUUUUCCGUUAGCGCUUCGCUGCAGGGACAAAUGCAUACAAAUGCAUUUAGGAGCCCACAGGACAAGGCGUGGAAAGGUCUCCCACACGGCAAAAACGAAACUGCUUCUUCAUCUUAUUGUGCUAUGUGUGGCAGGAGGUGCUGUUCAUGCACAAGAACAAGGCAUAGAUAUUCUUCAUCAGCUAGGCCUUGGAGGCAAAGAUGUAAGACAUUCAUCAUCAGUGACUGCUGUACCAUCAUCACCUACACCAUUACCUCAGGGGUUCCAUCUAACAGAAUCAGGUGUCAUUUUAACAAAUGAUGCUUACAUUGAGUCACCUCUCUUGAAAAUUUUACCAGUCAACUUAGAACAGCCAUUUACAAUAUUAAUUGGGUUGCAGUCACAUAGAGUAAACAAUGCAUUUCUCUUCAGCAUUAGAAAUAAAAAUAUACUGCAAUUAGGAGUGCAAUUAUUACCUAAAAAAUUAGUAGUAUACCUUGGAGGAAAGCAGUCUGUAUUUUUCAACUACAGUUUUCACAAUGAGCAAUGGCACUCAUUUGCUAUUACUAUUAGAAACCAAGUUGUCUCAAUGUUUGUUGAGUGUGGAAAGAAAUAUUUUAGCAGAGAGACUCUUUUGGAAGUUCAGACUUUUGAUUCUAACAGUGUGUUUACCUUAGGAAGUAUGAAUAAUAAUUCUGUACAUUUUGAAGGAAUAGUAUGUCAGUUGGAUAUUAUUCCUUCUGCAGAAGCAUCUGCAGAUUAUUGCAAAUAUGUGAAGCAGCGUUGUCGCCCUGAGAUAAGCCUUCUUCAUACAACCAUCAUACCAGCUGAGAUACUGGAAAACUCUCGUUUGCCCAAACAAUUUGGUGAAAAAUUGCUGUCAGAGGACACAUUUACUAAAGUCAAAAGCAUCCCAAAUAUCAUAAUUAACGAUUCUGCCACAGUCCGUAAACCACAAGGACACCAGAUAUCAAAAUCUCAGUCAACCUCUCUUCGUUCAAGCAAUGUCUCCGCUGUGGAUCUUGUAAACCAUGGAAUUCAGGCCAAAGAAAUGAUCACUGAGGAACAUACUCAGACAAAUUUAAGCCUAUCGGUGACCCAUCAUCUCAAUAAGGCAAGAACAAAUAGCAAGGAGAAAUUUAGUUCUCUCCCAAAUGUGUCUGACAAUAUCACACAACAUAAUGAUAGAGUAACUGGUUUGUCACCAUUUAAGAAGAUAUCAUCUGUUCUUCCACAUAUGAAACAAGAAACAAUUACUAAUCUCAAGAAGGCUAUCACAGCAAAUCUACACACUAAUGAACUCAUGGAACUACAGCAGAUUUUAAACACAACCUUAUACAGAGUGACAGAUGAGCCGGCUGUGGACAAUCACCUUGACGUGAGGAAAGAAGGUGAAUUUGAUCCUGACGCUACCUACCCCAUUGAAAGUACCUAUGAGACUGACCUUUAUGAUUAUGAUUAUUAUUAUGAGGAUCUUAAUACAAUGCUUGAAAUGGAGACUCUAAGAGGGCCAAAAGGGGACACUGGACCUCCUGGUCCACCAGGUCCAGCAGGUAUUCCAGGUCCAUCAGGAAAGAGAGGUCCACGGGGCAUACCAGGGCCACAUGGAAAUCCUGGGUUACCUGGAUUGCCAGGUCCAAAGGGCCCCAAAGGAGAUCCAGGAUUUUCCCCUGGACAAGCUGUUCCUGGAGAAAAGGGCAAUCAAGGCCUUUCUGGAUUAAUGGGGCCCCCUGGUAUGCACGGUAAUAAGGGACUCAAAGGCUAUCCAGGGCUCCCAGGACUCCAAGGUGAACCAGGAAUUCUAGGAUUCACUGGUAAUAUUGGUUCACGUGGUUACCCUGGCAGGCAGGGUUUAGCUGGACCAGAAGGUAAUCCAGGUCCUAAAGGUGUACGAGGUUUUAUUGGCUCUCCUGGAGAAGUAGGGCAACCGGGACCUGAAGGAGAAAGAGGUGUUCCUGGGAUCCGGGGAAAGAGGGGUCUUAAGGGAAGACAGGGUUUUCCGGGUGACUUUGGAGACAGAGGCCCUGCUGGCCCUGAUGGCAGUCCUGGACUUGUAGGUAGCAUUGGUCCUCCAGGAUUUCCUGGGCUUAGAGGCGAUAUUGGCCCUAUUGGACCAUUCGGACCUUCUGGAACUCCUGGCCCAAUGGGUCUUUCUGGGAAUAAGGGCCUACCUGGAAUCAAAGGUGAUAAGGGUGAACAAGGCGUUACAGGAGAGCCAGGAGAACUAGGGUAUCCUGGAGACAAGGGUGCUGUUGGUGUUCCAGGACCACCAGGGAUGAGAGGAAAGCCAGGACCUUCAGGCCAGAUAGGUGACCCAGGACCCCAAGGACCAUAUGGCCCUCCAGGACCAGAGGGUUUUCCAGGAGAUAUUGGGAUUCCUGGACAAAAUGGCCCUGAAGGAUCAAAGGGACUCCUUGGAAAUAGGGGGCCUCCUGGACCGCCUGGUCUCAAAGGACUUCAGGGAGAAGAAGGACCAUUUGGACCCUUUGGAGAACUGGGGCCAAGAGGAAAACCAGGUCAAAAGGGUUUUGCAGGUGAACCAGGACCAGAAGGCUUAAAGGGCGAAGUAGGAGAUCAAGGAAACAUUGGAAAGAUUGGUGAAACAGGACCUGUUGGUUUACCUGGAGAAGUUGGGACUACUGGAAGCAUUGGUGAAAAGGGAGAACGUGGAAGUCCAGGUCCACUAGGUCCCCAGGGGGAAAAGGGUGUUAUGGGAUAUCCAGGUCCUCCUGGGGAUCCAGGACCCAUUGGUCCACUGGGAUUACCUGGUCAUGUGGGGGCAAGAGGACCACCUGGGAGUCAAGGUCCUAAGGGACAAAGAGGACCAAGAGGACCAGAUGGUGUCUUAGGGGAACAAGGUGUACAGGGUGUCAAGGGUGAAAAAGGAGAUCAAGGAAAAAGAGGGCCUUAUGGUCUUAUUGGUAAGACUGGAAACCCCGGAGAGAGAGGAGUUCAAGGGAAACCAGGUUCACAAGGACCCCCUGGGAGUACAGGAGACAGAGGACUUGAAGGAGAACCAGGACCACGAGGGUUGCAAGGGGAUGCUGGACCUCCUGGAGAAAUGGGUGCUCAGGGGCCUUCAGGUAUUGAGGGAGACUCUGGUCUGCAAGGUGAACCAGGUGCAAAGGGAAAUGUUGGACCUGCAGGCAAUGUUGGAGUUGCUGGAGAACCAGGGUUACGGGGUGAACCAGGAGCUCCUGGAGAAGAAGGUCUCCAAGGAAAAGAUGGAUUAAAGGGGAACCCCGGAGGAAGGGGUCUUCCCGGAGAGGAUGGUGAAAAAGGAGAGACAGGCUUACCAGGGGCUUCAGGGCCCUUGGGUAGACCAGGUCUAACGGGCCCUCCGGGACCUGCAGGAACUGUGGGCAUUCCAGGACAAAGAGGUCGUCCAGGGAAAAAGGGUGAUAAAGGACAAAUAGGGCCCACAGGAGAAAUUGGAAGCAGAGGUGCUCCUGGACAAAUUGGGGAAAGUGGUCCUAAGGGUGCCAGAGGAACUAGAGGUGCUGUGGGACAUUUAGGAUUGUUGGGACCUGAUGGAGAACCAGGAAUUCCAGGAUAUAGGGGCCAUCAGGGUCAACCAGGACUUUCUGGGUUGCCAGGACCUAAAGGAGAAAAGGGUUAUCCAGGAGAAGAUAGCACAGUACUAGGACCACCUGGGCCUCGAGGUGAACCAGGCCCAGUCGGGGAACAAGGAGAGAGGGGAGAGCCUGGAGCAGAGGGCUAUAAGGGUCAUGUGGGUUUACCAGGACCAAGAGGUGCUGCUGGACACCAAGGGCCCCCAGGUGAGCCAGGUGACCAAGGUGAACAAGGACUAAAAGGAGAGAGACGAUCUGAAGGCCCUAGGGGGAAAAAAGGAGCUCCUGGUCCUUCUGGGAAACCUGGGAUUCCUGGUCUUCCUGGCCUACCUGGGCCAAAAGGCAUGCAAGGAUACCAGGGAGCUGAUGGCAUUUCAGGAAACUCUGGAAAAGUUGGGCUACCGGGAAAACAGGGACUUCCUGGCACCAGAGGCAGCCCAGGAAGAACGGGACUGGCGGGGUCUCCAGGUCCUCGAGGAGCCAAGGGCUCAUCAGGCCUUGCGGGAAGCCCAGGGGUUCCAGGCCCAAAGGGUGAACAAGGGCUACCUGGUCAACCUGGAAUUCAAGGUAAAAGAGGUCACCGAGGAGCACAAGGUGAUCAAGGACCAUGUGGAGAGCCUGGUCUGAAAGGGCAGCCUGGAGAACAUGGUGUUCAAGGUUUGACAGGUUUCCAAGGAUUCCCAGGCCCCAGAGGUCCAGAGGGAGAUGUUGGCAUUGUUGGAAUAUCAGGUCCUAAAGGUCCUAUUGGACAGAGAGGAAACACUGGCCCCUUUGGCAAAGAAGGUAUAAUAGGCCCAACAGGUAGAACUGGACCCAGAGGUGAAAAAGGCAUCAGAGGUGAAACUGGUCCCCAAGGGCCAAGAGGUCAACCAGGGCCUCCAGGUCCACCUGGAGCACCGGGCCCAAGGAAACAAAUGGAUAUCAAUGCUGCUAUUCAAGCCUUGAUUGAAUCACAUACUGCCCUACAGUUGGAGAGCUACCAGAAUACCGAAGUAACUUUAAUUGACUACAGUGCAGAGAUAUUCAAAACCCUGAACUACCUUAGCAAUUUACUGCACAGUAUCAAGAAUCCUCUUGGCACACGAGAUAACCCAGCACGAAUCUGUAAAGAUUUGCUUAACUGUGAACACAAAGUAUCAGAUGGAAAAUACUGGAUUGAUCCAAAUCUCGGAUGCCCUUCAGAUGCCAUUGAGGUUUUCUGUAAUUUCAGUGCUGGUGGUCAGACAUGUGUAUCUCCUGUUUCUGUAACAAAGUUGGAGUUUGGAGUUGGAAAAGUCCAGAUGAACUUCCUUCACUUACUGAGCUCAGAAGCCACCCAUAUUAUCACCAUUCACUGUCUAAACACGCCAGUGUGGACAAGUGCUCAGUCAAAUGGCUCAGGAUUGCCUAUUGGCUUCAAGGGAUGGAAUGGCCAGAUUUUUGAAGAAAACACUCUUCUUGAACCUAAAGUACUUUCAGAUGACUGCAAGAUUCAAGAUGGCAGGUGGCAUAAGGCAAAAUUCCUUUUUCACACCCAGGACCCUAAUCAGCUUCCAGUAAUUGAAGUACAAAAACUUCCUCAUCUCAAAACCCAAAGGAAGUACUACAUGGAAAGCAGUUCUGUAUGCUUUCUUUAA